GAUCGUUCGAAUUUUGAAUUUGAAGUGCCACGGCUUUUGCGACUGAGUGCAAAUUUAACAAAUUUUACGCUGACCUCGGCUCCACUUUAACGCCAUACUCGCCGUACUAGGAGGUGGUAGCCGACGGCUAACAGUAUGAGCACCACGACGAAGAAUUGCUGGUGCAGCCUCCUGCUGUUUAUCGGGGCGGCAACACUCGUUGUCGCCCUAGAAAACGGCCUAGCCAGGACCCCGCCGAUGGGAUGGCUCGCUUGGGAACGGUUCCGAUGUAACACCGAUUGCAAAAACGACCCGGAGAACUGUAUCAGUGAUCAUCUCUUCAGAACAAUGACGGAUAUUAUAAUCUCAGAAGGGUACGCAGAUGUUGGAUACGAAUACAUUAACAUCGAUGAUUGCUGGCUGGAAAAAAAACGAAAUUUUCAUGGACAACUUGUACCUGAUAAACAACGUUUUCCUUAUGGAAUGAAGAGCUUGGCUGAUUAUAUUCAUUCCAAAGGAUUAAAGUUUGGUAUUUACGAGGACUAUGGCAACUAUACUUGCGCAGGAUAUCCUGGUAUAUUGGGAUAUAUGGAAAAUGAUGCAUCCCUGUUUGCUGCAUGGGAUGUAGACUAUGUAAAACUUGAUGGCUGUUAUUCUAAUCAUAGAGAGAUGGAUGAAGGUUAUCCUCAAUUUGGUUUCCAUUUGAAUCAAACUGGAAGACCAAUGAUUUAUUCCUGUAGUUGGCCAGUUUAUCAAAUUUAUUCUGGCAUAAAGCCAAAUUAUUCGUCAAUUAUUAAUCACUGUAAUUUAUGGAGAAAUUGGGAUGAUAUUCAAGAUUCUUGGAGUAGCGUUGAAAGUAUUAUAGAAUAUUAUGGUAAAAAUCAAGAUUCAAUUGUGCCAAAUGCAGGACCUGGGCAUUGGAACGAUCCUGAUAUGUUAAUCAUUGGCAAUUUUGGUUUAAGCUACGAGCAAAGUAAAACCCAAAUGGCAAUGUGGGCUGUAUUUGCAGCCCCUCUUCUGAUGUCUGUUGAUUUAAGAAAAAUAAGACCAGAGUACAAAGCUAUUUUGCAAAAUAAAAAGAUUAUCGACGUUAACCAAGAUCCUCUUGGAAUUCAAGGAAGAAGAAUUUAUAAAGAAUUGGGCAUUGAAAUAUGGGCAAGACCUAUUACACCUUUAUAUCAAAAUUACUACUCGUAUGCGAUUGUAUUUCUUAAUAGGAGAACAGAUGGUACACCCUCGGAUAUAUCUGUUACAUUAAAAGAUAUUGCUCUGAAAUACCCUGGGGGUUACAGAGUAGAGGAUUUGUACGAAGACGUUGAUUAUGGUAUCCUUUCGCCUCAAACUAAGAUUAAGGUGAAAGUAAAUCCGACUGGGGUAGUCAUUCUGCGAUGUAAUUUACAGGUUGAAGAUGUCUACGACUCCAAUCAGUAUACACCCUACUCACCUUUAGAUCAACUGUACAAAGUCAGACGCAACUCGUUUAAGUAAUUUUUUGUAAACUAAUUUUAAGAAAAUUUUUAUCUCUCUUUUUUAAUGAAUUGUUUAUAAAAAGCGUGACCAUAAUUUGUUAAGGCUGUAAAAAAUAAACUAUUUGAAAUAAGA